UCUCAUCUUUUUCAAGUGUCUCUCUCUCACACACAAACCCACACAGAAUCAAAAACGACACCUUGAGAGUGUUGUUAAUUAGUGAGAGAGAGUUUGAUAGGUUGAGAAAGAUGGUGAGAACCCCUUACUGUGACAAAAGUGGACUGAGAAAAGGAACAUGGACACCAGAAGAAGAUUGGAAGUUGAUUGCUUAUGUCACUACACAUGGCCACAAGAAUUGGCGCCAAUUGCCUAAGUUGGCAGGUCUUGCUAGGUGUGGAAAGAGCUGCAGAUUGAGGUGGAUGAAUUACUUAAGGCCAGACAUCAAAAGAGGGAACUACACUUAUGAAGAAGAAGAGAUAAUUAUCAAUCUGCACCAAAUUCAUGGAAAUAGGUGGUCAGUGAUUGCCUCCCACUUACCUGGAAGAUCAGAUAACGAGAUAAAAAAUCACUGGCAUGCACAUCUUAAGAAGCGCUUUCAACACAAUUCAGAAACAAAUGAAAAAGUUGAAGCUUCCACAUCAAAACAGCAUUCCCUACUUGAAUCCAUUCAAGAGGAAUCUGGGGAAGUUGUUGCAAGCAGUUUCCAGAACAGUGAUUCUCCGUCGCCUCAGCACACAUCAUUGAUUGAUGCUUUGUGCAUGAUAUCUGAACCUGAACCAGCCAGUAACGGGAAUUUGGCUACUCAUAACUUUGCUGAUUUUAUGGGGGAAAACACAGAUCCUAUAAGUGCUUAUUCUUGGGAAGAACUUUAUGAAAUCUCAUACUUAUGUGAAUUUCUCGCUCCUUUGUACUGAACCUGAAAGUUUUUGUUCAGUUUAUGAUGUCUGGGGGCUGUUCGAUUUGUAACAGGAAUAUAAUAUCGGUUUGGUUUUUCUUCUUUCUUACUGUUUUUUUGGGGGCAAACCCAUAUAUACCAGCUUUUUUUUAUGAAAGGGGUUGUU